UUUGGGAUUCAUGGACUCUGCAGGACUGCCUGCAGGACCCUGGAUCUCUGUCCUGGGGCGGCAACACAGCCUAGCAGUACCAGAACCAGCAGAGGGAAUUCUUCUCUCCCCUACAGGUCCUUACUCCUUUAUACUUCCUCCUUCUCUUUCUAUACCUUUAUGCACAUACAUAGUUUCCCCUUUGAGGAUGUUGGCAGGAACCACUCAGAACCUGCCCUUCUCACAAGAUUUACCUUGACUAAAAAAUAGGUCGUGUUAAAACAUGACCUUGAAAAAUGUUAACAAAUGUUAAACAGUUUGUCUCCAUUUGCACUGGUUGCAGAGUUCUGUUUAACAACAGCAGUGUAAUUUGCUAUAGGGCAAGGGCCCUUUCCCAUGGUUUGGGGUCCCCCUACUUUUUAUAGGUCUAUAUACUAUUAUAACUUUCACUUUUUGAUUCCCAGACUCCAGGAUACCAUGUAACCACCCAUAACACUAUAUGCUGGCACAUGUUUGUCCCUUCCCCACAGAAUUUUUCUGAAAUGACACCUCCUGUUCAAUAUCUUAAAGAGUCAUGUUAACUAAUAUGAUGUUCAACAGGGCUUUGCAACUAUUGUGGACAGGGACUAAUCCAGUUUAACAUUGUGUUAAUGGGCUUGACUCCAAGAUUCUUCACUCCCGCUUCCUGGCAACAGGGCAGUCUCUAACCUCCACACACACCUGCCAACAUCCUCACAGGGAAACAUGAUUGGUUUGCAUAAAUCUACAUAGAGAAAAAGGAGGGAGACCCCAGAGUUUCAUUCUAUCUCCAACCCCCACUCCCCACCAGCUUAAAUUCGUCACACAAGCCUGCAACUGCAUUUUAUUGCAAACAUCCUGCCUCCAUUUUACGAGUCUGAGGGGAAGGGCCUCUUCACCAUUUGAUCUCAAAAAUCUGGAGAGUCUCCUUAACCCUGGGAUGGGGAGCAGGAGAUCUGGCAGUGUUGGGAGCUAGAAAAGUUGCAAGAGAAAACUGCUUGGUAGCUAGCCAGCUCCCAUUCCUUUAGUAGGGAGCACUGCCUAUGGAGGUGUUGAGAAGCCCAGCAGCCCCUCAGCAGAGACAGAGACUUUGAUUGGCAGCAGGUCAUCCCCUGGAAGGGUGGGAAUGGGGAAGACCUUAUUGGAAAUCCUGGGAGGUGCCCCCCCCCCAGGUCUAAAGGCCCCUCCCCCAGCCCUGUGGGUGGGACCACUAGACUUAUGAACCAACUGAAAGUGGGGGACAACUAAUGAAUAACAGGGUCAAGAGUGAAGGUCACAGGUUCAAAACUAGGGAUGCAGAGGGGGACACCGAGCAGAGAACCCCAGACAGCGCCCACUGCUCCUCAAAGCUGUCCAGGGAGCCAGCGGAUACCGCCCAGAGGAACUCUGCUCAGAUGCAUGAGACCAGGAAGGAGCGGAAAUAAGCCCCACAGUCGCAGAGCACUCCCUCAUCUAGCAUCCUCUUCCUGGUGUUGAAGAAGAUGGCCACGGCCAGGAGGAGGUUCACAACUUUGUGGGGACACGCACAGGGUGUGAGAAUAUAAACAGGUGUGGGGGAAAGUGCAGCCAGAACCUCAACAGGAGGCUCUGGAGGAACUGGACUAGGGGCUGCAACCUGACGCAUUCGAGAUAAGCGUGCGCCAGGUUCUCCCUCAUAUUGCAAAAGGGGAAGGCAUCAGGGGGAAUGCGGAAGGCAGUGGACCAUUCAGCUCAGGAUUUUGCAGCAGCCUGACUCUGGGCUGGCCCAUUAGAGGGGCUGGACAUUAGUCCUCUUUUCUGGAGCAGCAGGACGCGGAUAGGUGAGUGAGCACGAGGCAGUUGGCCUUGGCUGCUGCCGGACAGCCCAGCAGAGCAUGGGAGCCUGCGCUGCAAGUGGAGCCACGCGCGUUCCUUCCAACCUGGGUUAUUAACGAAUGCACGCUUAGCCAUGACGAAACGCGCAGAUUUGGAAUCCAACGGCCGCUGAGCUCCACCUAGCGCUUUGCAUGAUGGGACUUGUAGUCCCAGCACAAGCACCCUCUGGCGCAGGCGACCGCGGCCGCUAUCUGCUGAAGUUUGUCCCUUUUCCCGCGCCAUAUCCUUUCGUUUCUUUAAUUUCACUGUCUCCAGACGGCCAGAACCCUCCACAUUCCAACGUGGGUUCUACAGGAGGGGGUCCUUCGUCUCCAGGCUGCCAGACGCUGCCUGAUAAAAAUAUUUUUCUUCCAGGGGCCGUUUCUGCUAUUGGAAAACAAAAAAUUGGAAAUUAAAAAAGAAAUCACCGGUCACACUGAAAGAGAAACUGAGAGUAGCGGAGACGUUAAAAGAACACAAGGCGGUGAUGUGAGUUAGGCACCGCUUAGGGCAGCUCCCGGUGCCGGGUGAGAGGUCAGGCCGGGGGCCUGCUCCCCUCCUCCCCCCUCGCUCUGACAUGCCAACCCGGCAGUCGGCUUGGUAGCUGCUUGCGCAGAGUGCCAGCUUUGUCCCUCGCAAGGAAACAGGCCGGUGGGUGCCAGGGCAGAGGAUGGAGUUCGAGCUCAUGGAGAGCGACAUCCUGGAGUCGUUGGAGGAUCUAGGUUACAAAGGUCCAUUGUUAGAAGAUGGAGCGCUGACUCAAGCAGUCUCUGGUGGAGCCAGUUCCCCUGAAUUUACAAAACUCUGUGCUUGGCUGGUGUCUGAGUUAAGGCUAUAUUGUAAACUAGAAGAAAAUGUGCAAGCUACUAACAGUCCGAAUGAAGCAGAAGAGUUCCAACUUGAAGUGAGUGGGCUACUGGGGGAAAUGAACUGUCCAUAUGCAUCACUAACAUCAGGAGACGUGACAAAACGCCUUCUCAAUCAGAAGAACUGCCUCCUGCUGCUCACAUACCUCAUCUCAGAACUGGAAGCUGCCAGAAUGCUAUGUGUGAACGCCCCUCCAAAAAAAGCACAAGAAGGAGGUGGUAGCGAGGUCUUUCAGGAGCUAAAAGGCAUUUGUAUUGCAUUAGGCAUGUCCAAGCCUCCAGCCAACAUAACUAUGUUCCAGUUCUUCAGUGGAAUCGAAAAAAAACUAAAAGAAACCUUAGCAAAGGUUCCACCUGGCCAUGUUGGAAAACCUUUACUGAAGAAACCAUUGGGACCGGCUCAUUGGGAAAAAAUUGAAGCAAUUAACCAAGCCAUAGCCAAUGAGUAUGAAGUUCGGAGAAAACUGUUAGUGAAACGUUUGGAUGUAACUGUGCAGUCGUUUGGCUGGUCAGAUAGAGCUAAGAGUCAAACAGAGAAACUGGCUAAAGUCUACCAACCCAAACGUGCCCUCUUAACUACCAAGUGCACUAUUUCCAUUGCUCACCUUUUGGCAGCUCGGCAAGAUUUGUCCAAGAUUAUGAGGACAAGCAGUGGGUCUAUCAGAGAAAAGACUGUGUGUGCCAUUAAUAAGGUAUUAAUGGGCAGAGUACCUGACAGAGGGGGCAGACCAAAUGAAAUCGAGCCUCCACCUCCUGAGAUGCCACCAUGGCAGAAAAGACAAGAUGGUCCUCCACAGCAAAGUGGAGGCAGAGGAGGAAGAGGUGGCUAUGAAUCAUCAUAUGGAGGAAGAGGUGGUUAUGAACAAGGGGGUCAUGACAGAGGAGGCCGAGGCGGUUAUGAUUCAUCAUAUGGAGGACGAGGAGGUCAUGAACAAGGGGGUCAUGAACGAGGAGGUCGAGGAGGAGGACGGGGUGGUUAUGACCAUGGAAACAGAGGGGGAGGAAGAGGAAACAAGCACCAAGGAGGCUGGACAGAUGGCGGAGGAGGAGGCUAUCAGGACAGCAAUUACAGAGAUAGCAACUACAGAGAUGCAGGUUUUCAAACAGGUGGUUACCAUGGUGGUGGUGGUGGCUACCAAGGAGGCGGCUAUGGAGGCUAUCAAUCUUCUUCAUACACAGGAAGUGGAUACCAGGGUGGUGGCGGCAGCAGCGGCGGUUACCAGCAAGACAACAGAUACCAAGACGGUGGUCACCAUGGUGAUCGAGGUGGUGGGCGUGGAGGAGGGAGAGGUGGCCGUGGAGGCCGCGGUGGCCGUGGAGGCCCAGGAGGAGGCUGGGGAGGCAGAGGUGGACAGAACUUUAAUCAAGGUGGGCAGUUUGAGCAGCACUUCCAGCAUGGAGGCUAUCAGUAUAAUCAGUCUGGAUUUGGACAAGGAAGACACUUUACUAGCUGAGGCUACUAAAUCUUACACUUCAGCAGAGCUCAAGUAAUAGAAACCUAGUUUCAGAGGCCUGAUCUAAUGCUUCUUGAAUUAGUACAAGACCAUAUGUGGCAGGCCAAGGUCCUGUCUGGGUGAGAGGUCUUGCUUCAAGCAAGCUGUAGGUUCCCAUACAACUCUGAUUUUUUGUUAUUAUUCGACUGAAAUAAAUAAAUUGCCACUCUUCACUGGGAUUAACCAAACCUUAAACCAAUAGUUUAGCUUUUUAGAUGGAAUCCCUUUGAGCAAAUCAUUUCAUUCUGAAAUUAUUACCCUCCUGUGUGUGCCUUCCAUUCUGGGGGUAUAUAUACUGAUGCUAGCAAUGCUUUUCUGGUCAGACUUGUAACACACACACACACACACACACCCUACCCCACCCCA